CCGAUCCCUAAUACAAACAAAAUCAUUUUCACCAAAUCAAUCAAAAUUACAAAUUGAUUCUCCCAAUUUCUCCUCUCCGCCCUCCGCCACUAAAAUUUACCAACGGCCCCAUCCGCCGCUGCCACCGGGCGGCUCUCUCCUCCACCAAUUCCGUCGGCAAUCACCGCCGCCGCCGUCGACAAUUUCACGCCGGAAAAAGUCGGUGCAGUGUUCUUCGCUGAGCUCCCCUUACACAACUUCAAAACGACGACGCUGUUGUAACUCUGACAAUCGACUCCGUCGCAAGUCCUUUUUGCAGGCAAAGCUCUCAUCUCUCCAGAUCCCGCCAAAUUCCUCGCAUCUCGAUCAAUUUGGAUCUGCGAAUUGAUCCGUGGUUUUGGAUCCGACUUCGCGAACAGAUUGAAGUGUUUUUGGACCGUAGAGAAUGGCGGGGCAAAAUCCAAAUAUGGAGCAAUUUGAGGCAUAUUUUCUGAGAGCCGAUAUGGAUCGGGAUGGUCGGGUUAGUGGGAAGGAGGCAGUUGAUUUCUUCAAAGCCUCGAACUUGCCCCAACAAGUUCUCGCUCAGAUAUGGGGGUAUGCUGAUCAAAAGCAAACUGGUUUCCUUGGUCGUCCCGAAUUUUAUAAUGCUCUUAAACUUGUUACAGUGGCACAAAGUAAGCGAGGGUUGACUCCAGAUAUUGUGAAGGCUGCCUUGUAUGGUCCAGCUUCAUCCCAAAUUCCUGCUCCCCAAAUAAAUCUUGCAGCCUUGUCUGGUCCUCAGUCAACUAUGAAGGUAGGUGUGUCUCCGGCACAACCAAGUGGCACUCCUACAUCCACCCAAGGUGUAGGUGUAAGUGGCUCCAUUCGUUUUCCUUCUCAGCAGAACCAAUUCGUGGUGCCACCUCAGCCUCGACCUCCUAGUUCCGGAUUCCAGUCUCAUCUAGGUGUUUCAGGCCAAGGAAUCCCUGUGGCAGGUUCUCAGUACCCGACAUCUUCUAAUUUGGUUCCUGGGAGUACGGAUGGUUCUAGAGCUGGAAUUUCUGCUCAGGUUUCCAAUAGAAGCUUAAAUACUGCAAAUAAGGAAGGCAUUGUCUCCGUAUCUUCACCUAUUACACAACCUAAACCACCAGAAAGUACGGGUUUUUUUCAGUCUGGUCCAUCCAUGCAGACUGACACUGCUUCCCAGGUUGGAAAAGAAGAGUCCAAACCACUGUCAGCUACAGGAAAUAUGUUCUCAGUGGCACCUUCUCAACCGAAGCAAAACUCCACACAACUUGCAUAUUCUUCUGGUAGCAUACCCGCCUCAUCUAACGCAACCUUCACUUCUUUAACAGACUAUUCUACCAUGAAGCCAAAUGAUGUUUCUCACCCUCCAGCAAUUCAAGCUCACCAGCCCCCAUCCACAGAGAAGAAAGUAAAUCAACAUGUUCUGGCACCUAAUCCAGUUGGAGCUGGAAACCUUGCAUCUGCUCAACCUCCGCCUCCAUGGCCAAGAAUGACUCCGUCUGAUGUUCAGAAGUACAGCAAGGUAUUUGUGCAAGUGGAUACUGACAGAGAUGGAAAAAUUACUGCCGAACAGGCACGGGACCUAUUCCUUAGUUGGAGGCUGCCACAAGGGGUCUUAAAGCUUAUUUGGGACUUAUCGGAUCAAGACAAUGACCGCAUGCUUUCGUUGAGAGAGUUCUGCAUUGCGCUCUAUUUGAUGGAACGAUUUCGAGAAGGUCGCCCUCUUCCUAAUGUGCUUCCAAACUCUGUUAUUGAUGGGUCAUUGUUUCCUUCCCCAGGUCAACCAGCUGCGGCAUAUGGUUACCAACAACCUCAAGGGACUAAGAAUGCACGACCACCCCCUUCUGCUGGUGGAAGAAAGCCACCUCGUCCAGUUCCUGUUCCCCAACCUGAUGAGCCCAUACAAGAAAAGGCCAAAGUCCCAGUGCUGGAGAAGCAUCUUGUAGACCAACUUAGCACAGAGGAGCAGGAUUCGUUAAACAAAAAGCUCGAGGAAGCAAAGGAUGCAGAGAAAAAGGUAUCAGAUUUGGAAAAGGAUAUUGUAGAAGCCAAACAAAAAAUUCAGUUCUACCGUGCCAAGAUGCAAGAACUUAUUCUGUACAAAAGCCGAUGCGAUAAUCGGCUGAACGAGAUCACCUCAAAAGUUGUUGAAGACAAAAAAGAGGCUGAGUCAUUAGCAAAGAAAUAUGAAGAGAAGUACAAUAAGAAUGGAGCUGUUUCAUCUAGAUUGACCAUUGAAGAAUCCACAUUUCGUGAUAUUCAGGAUAAAAAAAUGGAACUGUACCGCGCAAUUGUUAGACUGGAACAUGAUAAAGCUGAUGGUAUUCAGGAUCGAGCUAAUAAGAUCCAGUUAGAGGUUGAGGAACUAGUUAAAGCCUUGAAUGAACGGUGCAAAACUUAUGGACUACGUGCGAAACCAACUUCACUGCUCGAGCUUCCAUUUGGUUGGCAAUCUGGCAUUGAAGCAGCAGCCGCGGAUUGGGAUGAAGCUUGGGAUGUGUUCGAAGAUGAAGGAUUUAUGCAAGUCAAAGAGCUUACUCUCGAAGUGCAAAACAUCAUUGCCCCUCCCAAACCAAAGACUUCAUUGAUUAGAGAGAGAGUUACUUCCUUAGAUAACAGCGAUACUUCAAGAUCACCAUCUAAAGCUGAUGACAAGUCAGAACUCACAAAUUCUGAACUUGACAAUGAGAGACCAAAAGCCAACAUUGAGAAAACAGCAAGAAGUCCACCUGGCAGUCCAGCUGGCAGUAAUGCAGCUGAGAGCCCAUCAAAGGAAUUGCACGAUCUGCGAAUGAGGAACAUCAAUGUAAAUGGUUCACCUCGUGCAUUCGACACCCAAAGUGAAAUUGGUGGAGCCGAUUCUGUACAUUCUGGGGAAAAAGGUUUCGAUGAACCAGGUUGGGAUUCCUUUGAUGCCCAUUAUGACUCAGAUGCACAAUCGGAAUUCAAUUCUUUCAAGGACUUUGAACGGGACUUUGAACGCGAAAGAAGAAACGGAAGCUCUUUAUUUGGUGACGAAGACUGGGGUCUAAACCCAAUUAAAACUACAUCCACAGACUCAGAUAGAACAUUUCCAAACCAAGGACCAUUCUUCGAUUCAGUUCCGAGUACCCCACUUUAUAAUUCCACCAACUCUCCUAAUGCAGAUAACAUUUUCUCAGGCAAGCCGUUCGGAUUUGCAGAUUCUAUGCCAAGCACACCAAUGUACAAUUCUAGCAUCUCUCCUCGGAAAUUCAACGAAGAUCAAGAUGAACACUAUUCAUUCGAAAGCAGCAGCUUCUCGAGAUUCGAUUCCUUCAACAUGCACGAUAGCGGUCCUUUUGGUUCACGCAAUGAUUCCUUCACGAGAUUUGAUUCCAUGCGUAGCACUCGAGAUUCUGAAUACGAUCAGGGAUACUUUGCACCACAGGAAUCUUUGACCAGAUUUGACUCUUUUCGUAGCACGGCAGAUUCCGAUUACAACUUUGGGCAGUUUACUCCACGUGAUUCUUCUUUCAGUAGAUUUGAUUCCAUGCGCAGUAGCACAAGAGAAUCUGAUUAUGGCCAUGGUUUUCCAUCGUUCGAUGAUGGUGCGGAUCCUUUUGGAUCCAGCGACCCGUUUAAGGUAUCGAGUGAAGAUCAAACUCCGAGGAAAGAUUCUGACAGCUGGAAAGCUUUCUAAAAUGUUCCUAUUUUUUUUUCUUUUGCCAUUCUUUCUCUUGUGUGCGCUCUAUCGUCAUUCGUCUGUUGUGUUUGUAACUUCUUCUGUUGUGACCCAUUUUCGAGGUAUGGCAGUUUUCUUAUCCUUUGAUUUGGCGGGAAAUAGUUGAUUGAUCGGUUUUAUCUGUACCAUUUUCACCUUGGUAUUGUGGUUGCCUAGAACAUAUUUUUUUUAGUUGAUUAUUGUUUUCCUUUUUGUUGAUGUUUUUUUUUUUUUGUCGAGAGAUUGUUGAUGUUAAUAUAUUCAUUUUUUUUUUGUAUCCUGGUAGUGUUGUAACAUUUGUAACAGAUAUGAAGUGACUUCAAUUGAUUGGUGUUUGAGAUGGUUU